CCUUCCUUGUCUCUGUGCUUUCCGUCUCCCUCUUGUCCUUCUGUCCUGCGGUCUUUCCUGGUCCCUCCUCUCCCCUCCCUUCCAGGUCCCUCGGCACAUCGUCCCCUUGUGUCUCCCUCCAGCCCGCUUCUCCUCCCUCCAGCUGGCUCCUGCUUUCUCCACUUUUCAUUCUGGCUCCCUCCUGCCAACUCAGUGGCUUCCCACAGCGGGAAAUGAAAGGGACGAGCUGGGAGAUGGGGAUUCUUUAUCUUUGUUCAGGAGCCUAAGGUUGCUUGCUGAUCAUAAGAAGAUGAUUCUGUGGCUCUUUCUGGUUCUGUCAUCUCCAGUUUCUUCUACAACUGCAGAUGCUGAUAUAUCUGUGGAAAUUUGCAAUGUUUGCUCCUGUGUGUCAGUUGAGAAUGUACUCUAUGUCAACUGUGAGAAGGUUGCAGUCUACAGACCAAAUCAGCUUAAACCACCAUGGUCUAAUUUUUACCACCUCAACUUUCAAAACAACCUGCUAAUUAUUCUAUACCCAAAUUCCUUUCUUAAUUUCACACAUGCAGUGUCCUUGCAACUGGGUAAUAAUAAGUUACAGAACAUUGAGGGAGGGGCCUUUAUGGGUCUUAGUGCAUUAAAACAGUUGCACUUGAACAACAAUGAAUUAAAGAUUCUCCGGGCUGACACUUUCCUUGGCAUAGAGAACUUGGAGUAUCUCCAAGCUGACUACAAUUUAAUCAAGUUUAUUGAACGGGGAGCCUUCAAUAAGCUUCACAAGCUGAAAGUCCUGAUACUUAAUGACAAUCUGAUUUCAUUCCUUCCCGAUAAUAUUUUUCGAUUUGCUUCUCUAACCCAUCUGGAUAUACGGGGGAAUCGAAUACAGAAGCUUCCGUACAUUGGAGUUCUGGAACACAUCGGGCGAAUUGUUGAAUUGCAGCUGGAAGACAACCCCUGGAAUUGUACCUGUGAUUUGUUGCCUUUGAAAGCCUGGCUGGAGAACAUGCCCUACAACAUCUACAUUGGAGAGGCUAUCUGUGAAACACCCAGUGACUUGUACGGAAGGCUGCUGAAGGAAACCAAUAAGCAGGAGCUGUGCUCCAUGGGGACGGGGAGCGAUUUUGACGUGCGCAUCCUGCCUCCCUCGCAGCUGGAGCCCGGUUACAGCACGCCCAACGGCCACACCACUCAAACAUCAGUGCACAGAUUAGUCACAAAGCCGCCAAAGACUACAAACCCUUCGAAGAUCUCGGGGAUAGUAGCAGGCAAAGCGCUGUCCAAUCGCAAUCUCAGUCAGAUCGUAUCUUAUCAGACCAGGGUGCCUCCUUUAACUCCUUGUCCGGUCCCUUGCAUUUGCAAAACUCAUCCUUCAGACUUGGGAUUAAGUGUAAAUUGCCAAGAGAGAAACAUAGAAUCGAUGGCCGAACUCGUACCGAAACCUUUCAAUGCCAAGAAACUGCAUGUAAAUGGCAAUUACAUUAAGGAUGUGGAUACUACAGAUUUCGCUGAGUUUGAGGGGCUGGAUUUGCUCCACUUAGGCAGCAAUCGGAUUUCAGUGAUCAAGGGAGAUGUUUUCCGCAACCUUACAAAUUUACGGAGAUUGUAUCUCAAUGGCAAUCAGAUAGAGCGUCUGAGCCCUGAAAUGUUCGCUGGCCUCCACAACUUGCAAUAUCUGUAUUUGGAAUACAAUGUUAUCAAAGAAAUCCUAGCAGGCACCUUUGACUUAAUGCCAAAUUUGCAGUUGCUCUACCUGAACAACAAUCUUCUGCGAAGCUUGCCAGCGUAUAUUUUUGCUGGUGCACCACUUGCUAGACUGAAUCUGAGGAACAAUCACUUCAUGUAUUUACCUGUAAGUGGUGUUCUCGAUCAGCUAAAAUCUCUUACACAAAUAGAUUUGGAAGGUAAUCCGUGGGACUGCACUUGUGAUUUAGUUGCUUUAAAACUGUGGCUUGAAAAGCUAAGUGACGGUAUUGUGGUGAAGGAGUUGAAAUGUGAAACGCCCGUGCAGUUUGCUAACAUAGAACUUAAGUCUCUGAAAAAUGAGAUCCUCUGCCCUAAACUUUUAAACAAGCCAUCUGCUCUAUUCACUAGUCCCAUGCCUGCUGUUACUUUUACAACACCACCGGGACCAGUCCGGAGUCCUCCUGGUGGCCCAGUUCCAUUGUCCAUCCUAAUCCUAAGCAUAUUGGUUGUGCUGAUUUUAACAGUGUUUGUUGCUUUUUGUCUCCUUGUUUUUGUGCUUCGGCGCAACAAAAAACCAACCAUAAAGCAUGAAGGGAUUGGAAACCAGGAGUGCAGUUCUAUGCAACUGCAGCUAAGAAAGCACGAUCACAAGUCGAACAAAAAAGAUGGACUGGGUGCAGAGGCCUUCAUUCCUCAAACCAUUGAGCAGAUGAGCAAAAGUCAUACCUGUGGCUUGAAAGAGUCUGAAACAGGCUUCACGUUUGCUGACCCACCAGGGCAAAAAGUCAUUCUGAGAAAUAUGAAUGACAAGGAGAAAGAUUUAUUGCAUGUGGAUACCAGAAAAAGACUUAGCACAAUCGAUGAACUGGAUGAGUUAUUCCCUGGGAGGGAUUCCAAUGUAUUUAUUCAGAAUUUUCUUGAAAGUAAAAAAGAAUACAACAGCAUAGGGGUCAGUGGCUUUGAAAUACGUUACCCAGAGAAACUGCAAGACAAAAAAAACAAGAAAUCUCUAAUAGGUGGUAAUCAUAGUAAAAUUGUAGUAGAACAAAGAAAAAGUGAAUAUUUUGAACUAAAAGCUAAACUUCAGGGUUCACCUGACUACCUACAAGUCCUUGAAGAACAAACAGCUUUGAAUAAAAUAUAGGUCAUACAAUC